CGGGGAGCGGAGAAAGAGGGAAGGCGGUGGAGGAGGUGGGGAGGGGAGGGUUGAGCAGGCCGGGCAGCGAUGGUGGGGCUGAAAAGGGGAGCGGCUGGAGGGCUGAGGGGGAGCCAGGAGGAGCAGCUGCCUGGAGUCCCCCUGGACCAGCCCUACGGAAGGAUUGAAGAUUGCUUGCCCCCUCUGGCCACCCCUUCCACCAAGAGGUUUUCUCCAGCCAAACGAAAGCAAUAUUACAUUGACAAAGCCAUCCGCAACUCGGACCUCAUUCCCAAGGCUAAAGGGAAGAAGAGCCUCCAGCGCCUAGAGAACACACGUUACCUAAUGACCCUCCUUGAGCGGGAUGACUGCGCCAGUGAAGAUGGAGAUCUUGCCCAUCCUGCCCCACCCAGCAUUUUUACCCAGGCCUGCAGCAAUGAGACUUAUAUGAAGAUCUGGAAUGAUUUCAUGAACCGGUCCGGGGAGGAGCAAGAACGAGUCCUUCUGUAUUUAGAAGAUGAGGCUUCAAAAAAAACGAAAAAUAAAUUUCCUGAUAAAGCUGACGUCAAAUGGAAAGAGCAUCUUCCGUUCACACCCAAAGACUGUUUCCAGCGCAUCAGCCGACGUUUACGAACCACCCUGAAAAGAAGUCGGAUUCCCAUGACUUGUGACAUAGACCAGUAACUUACACCCAGUGAU